AUGCCGGCGGGCGAUUAUGGCCCAUUUGAAACCAGUGCAAUUGAUAAAGAAUGGAAUCAGUGGCUGGGAGACGUUGAUCAGCCAAACUCCGACGUUGGAGACGUGACAAACUCGGCCAUUGUCGCCGGCCAUCCUGCUGGCGAUUUGUUCGCCGAUGCCACCACCGGUACUCUCGCCAACAACAUGGGUAACGGAGGGGUCGACGAAGGGCAAGAUAUCGGCGCGGUGUACGGGCAAUCGAGUGGUCAAGGACUUCAAGGCGUAAUGAGAGAUGUGAGUGACAGGCAGCUCGAGUUGAGAUGGAAAAACUCUGUUCCGGACGGCUACGAUCUUGAAAGGGGCGUCGCUUCCUCCCUCGUCGAUGAAGCUGCUACCAACUUCCAGGAUCUACGCUUCGCAAACGAUCCUGACCAUGAGCUCAAGCGCAAAAUUGACAAUAAGGACACCAAUUUCAAUAAAGCAUCGCAGCUCCGCGAUUUGAAGGCCCUGAUGCCGGAUGCUAACAGCGUAGCAAAUUCUUCUGCGGUUGUUUCCGCCGCUGGCUAG